UAUAGCCUACAGAAUUACCCGUACGUUUUAUAGUGCGAAAAUUUAAUUCGUCAGUGCAUUCCUAGUGUUUCUUAACCUAAGCUGGCAAUUAUCUACAUUUUUCUGAAAGAAAAACAAAUAAGCUCCCAUGAAUGCUAAAUAGAUCAGAUAUUUUUCCUUAUUUUUUUGUAACCUGCAAAGGCCGCGCGUAUGAAAAGCGAUCGGGAUUUUAAAAAGGUUGGGAAAUUCUGUUUCUUGAGUCGCAGUCGAUUGUUUGAUGAAUUUGUGGUUUUCAGAAUGAAAUGUUUGCCUAAUACUUUUAGCAGCAUCGGUUUAUAGAUUGGAAUAGCGACAAUGCCUUCGAACAAACAAAAAUUUGUCAAGAACCGUGACGUAUUGUAUUUUGACCUCGUUUGGAAAUUCAAUUAGGGCAUCUUUUAGUCGAAUAAAACCGACUAAAACCGCGGUUUUUAAACGCAGCUUCGUUUCAGUGUUAAAGUAGAAAUCGUUUGUACUCAUCGUGAUAAUAUUUAGUCGUAUUUGGUAAGAAAAUUGCAUCGAUUUUCCGAAGGAAAAACAAGGCAAUCUGUUUGACUUCGUGUUCGCGUUGAGCCUCUCGGGUUGAUAUAAUAAUAAAACAGAUCACGUGAUAUGUGUUUGGCCGCCUCUCAUUGGCUGAUCGUGGACAAGCUUGAAUGCAUCUCCCCCUGAAGAGCAACUUGGGUUUUAGCAGAAACAGCAAGCAGUUGUUUCUUUUGGUGAGUAUCUAGUUUUCUUGUUUUUUCGUCGCUAAAAACCUUUCAAAACCUAGCAAAAGCCAUUCUGGCGUUUUCGCCCGCACGAGGGCUUCGAUUUUCACGAGAAUUUCGCGAUUUUUUUCCUGAUUUUGAGGCAGUUUCAAUGAAUUAGUGUAGGCUUUGCCCUCUGUUACAAGUCAGCCAUGAUGUUCAUGGUGAAAAAGACAGCUUGUUUCACAAAUCUCGUUUUCAUCUCAAAUUUGCUACAUCGCGGCCGAAAUGUCUCAAUUAUCUCACAGAACGUUUAUUUGUUACCUUUUAGAACUUCGAAUGAUUUCCAAAGUGCAUCUAAUGGCCUCCAUGGAUGAAGCGAAUAUUGAUGGACAAAAUGAAAACAAGAAUAGCCGACUGCUACAGCCGGAACACGACUCUGUCGAGGUCAAGUAUAUGGUCAUGCCGUUUGACGAAUUUUUACCGAUUUUUCUCGCUUUAUAGACAACAAAUACAGCUUUAAAACACGGUCCAAACCAUCUCGAAUCGUUUUGGGUAGUUUGGAGUGAAUCGGGGCACGUUUAGUAACAUUUUGAGCCAAUUUUCAGGAACAAUUUUGCAAGUUAAUAUAUUUGAAUAUUUAUUAACGCGACGUUGGCGUGAUGGUUGAGUUCUCCGCUCAUAACUUUGAUAAAAACAUGCUUGAAUUCUCGAUAUUUUGACAUGUUUUGGCCAAGAAACUUCAGGAUGAUCGAUAUUCUAAGUGUGUUUGGGUUUAUGAGUUAAGUUUUUGAACAAAGCAAGGCGUGUAAAGCGAGAGUUUCAACACUGUCGCUUCACAUGUUUGCCAAGAUGCAAAGCAGGAUUUCGGUGGACUCCUGUCAAGCGUGCAUAUAGAAUUUCAUUGUGCGAUGCCACAUUGUCUCGCUUCAAAAUCAGCUUCAAACAUUCCGUAUUUCUUUCAUCGAAGAAGGAAUAGUAAUCCUGGUUGUUAAGAGGCAUUUCAUUCAAAAGAAAAAAGUGUUUUGGCAAUGCACUUGAACCCAACCUACGGGCAAAAUUUAUGCCCUGCAAAAGCGUUUUGAAACAUUAUUCACUUUUCAUAUACAAGUGUUUGUUUUCGUAGUCAAGGCAAAUGCAAGCGAAAUAUCUAUUCGAAAAUACCGUGGAAACAUAAAAAUUUUGUCAUCUAGCACGCUUUCUUUUAUAUAUUUGUGAAAAUGGCUUGUACCACGACACUACCAGAACUUAUUUACAUUUUUGAGAAACAAAAGCCGACCUGUUAUAGCGUUGAUGGUUGAUAAGAAACGAAACUGUCUAGUUUGUUAUUCAAAUUUGAAGGGUUUUUCACGAACUCGCUUCCUUUUUAGCUAGCAUAUGUUUGACUUAUUUUCGGCCGAUAGAAAGGCUGUGUUUGUUCGUUUUACGCCGUUUGCCAAGCUGUAUUACACUGGAUUUUCUUUUGAAAAGGCCGGAACAAUAAUGUCAAAGUCUCAAAGGCCGUUUUUACCGCUUCAGCUGACGAAAGUGUUUUGGAAUUGCCUUCAUUAUAUAACAAUUCUCUUUCUCUCACUUUUCUGACUUAGGUUUAGGGGCUCACAGCUUUUUACUGAACUUUUGUUGUUUAAACGCCGCGUUCUUGCUUUCUUUAACAUAAAACAUCGAAGUAAAUUAACUUUUAAGUAAACAGUUAAAAUAAAAGUCUAAAAAUGUUUUUGCAAUUAUGAUAAAAGCCCGUGUGCAAAUCAAUACCAUCUGGUCACAUGAUGUGAGGAGCGAAACGAGCUUAAUUUACAUUUAAAAUAUAAAACCGCAAUAUGCUGGGAUUCUACAGCUUUUAGCUCUACCUCGUGGCAAAAGUUUAUUUAAAAGUACUUGAAUUAGAACAGGCUCCAAUUUCACAUCGAUUUUUAAAACUGAAAGCGAAAAAGCUUGCUUUUUGUGCUUUUAAUGUCGCUUUGUUCUCCUUCUCGACUUCUACAUCGUCGACGUAAGUAAUAUUUGUUGUUUUGGCGAAACAGCUGGUAGAAAUUCCUGUUCUUGCAUAAUUUUUAUUCGAAAUUUAAAAGCGAAUUAUUAUUUGCAACAUUUUGUUACUCUGAACGUUUUCCCGAAUAAAAUUCUGAGUUUUUAGCUGAAAACUUAUUUAUAAUUUUCCACUUUUAUAAAUGCAUAUAAUCUUGGCCACUAUAGCCGUAUUUAUGCAAACAAAAGCUUAGUCUUUUUUGAAACGUAUGAAAAUAAUUCUAUCCGAAAAAAACGGGGAUUAAUUUUUGUUUGGGCGAAUUUUAAUUCCGUCUGAAACGAUCCAUUAUAAGAAUUCUGUAAUUUUCAAGUGCAAUUUAAAAGCAAAAGUCUUUUGUCCAAACUUCAAAGACAAACUCACUUUGUUGUUUGUUAACUAAAACGAUCCGGAAAAAUAUACUCAUAGUUUUACUUUUUAUAGCAAGGACGCUUAGUUGAGCUUUUCUUGUGUUUUUGUUUGACAAAAAAUAGAUUUUUAGAACAAAAGCACGCCAAUUUGCAACGAAUUUACUGCAUUAGAGUUUAAUUUUCGAUCUAAAAUUCUGUUUUGUUUCUACUUAAUAAAUAAAAGCAAUAUUAGACGCCGUGUAAUUUAGUUUGUUCCGGCAAAUUUUAAUGAGCUAUUGUUAGCAGUUGUUGGUGUUUGAUUUGGAAGAAAGUUUGUUAAAGCUAUGUAUUUUGCGUGGAGAAUUAUGGUUGUGUUAACUGCUGGGCUAGGUUUCUUUUCCCUAAGGGAAAAAUGAUAAGUAUUUUAAUAAAAUUAAAAUUCAGUGAUCAUAGUUUACCAGUUUUACAUAGUAAAAAAAGGAAAAUAUAAAAAUUCUGAAUAUUAAGUGUAGAGUGUAUGGCAUUUCUUAUUAAGCAUGUAAAUUAAUUGUUGCUUAAUGCCAGUGUUUCUAAAAUUUAAGUCUAUUCAGAAAACUGUUUGUUAGCAUGCAGUUUUUCCUUCAUAAAGGGGGACUAUUUUAUUCUGUCCAGGAGACAACUUACUUGGGUAUAGGGUAAGCUAGGCUGGGGGUCAAACAGAUAAGUGGGAGGCCAAAUAUAUCCCAUAUACGGCAUGAUUCCUUUGCCUGUGGUUAUCAGUUGUGGUUACUGGCAAAUGUGGAGUAUGGUAAUACCAACCUUUUAUAUAUUACUCCAGCUGAUUUGUAUAAGGGGAGUUUCUGAUGUAUAUUAUAUAUUUGUGACCCUUUGUUUAUUCUUGUAAUUCUACUAAUUAUGUAGUUUAUCAGUUCACUGCAAGUUUUAUCUAUGUUGAAGUUUAACAUCUAUUCCUUAUAUCUUACAGAUGGGACCGAACAGAAAGAGUCCAAUGGGUUCAAAUUUUGUCUUUGCAAGAGAGAUACGACCAAAACAGAUCAUGGUUGAUCACAGUAUUGGCACUCCACCGUUGAAAAAGAUUAAAACUGAAUCAUCAAUCGGGAAUGGGCAAAAUGGUAUGACCAGUGGAGCCAACCUUUGCAUUGCACUAACCCUUAGAUCUAAAUAAUAACAAGCUAUCAACAUUUUUGUCUGAAGAUAGAAACGAACAUAAUUGUGUGGGUGAUUCCAGGUGUUAACCAUUAAAGCACAAGACUUUUCCCUUGAUGAGUAAAAUUGUCUGGUGUUAGACAGAGUAAAAUGGGUCAUUCCAGAAAAUAUCCACACCUCCCCCACAGAGGAAAUUGGAAGAUAACCCCCCUACUCCCUUUGGAUGUUUUUCUUCCCAAUCGGACGGCAGAAAUUUCUUCCGUGGGGGGAGUGUGGAUUUUGUCUGGAGCGACCCAAUUGCAGCUUAGUGGGUUAGUUGUUUACUAUAAUAGCUCCUGAAUUGUGUGUUUUCCUUCUAAAGGGUAUCCAGUGGCAUCAAUGCACCAUACCCCAGCCAUUUCAUCAGCACCAUCGCCACAGAUGGCAAACAUAAUGAUCCCAAACAAUCCAUUGAGUAAACUUCAUGAGCUCAACAAAAACAUCACACCCACUUCAUUUAAAACAAGCAGCCCACAGUCAAGCUCGUUUGCAUCAAUUGUUCAUUCAAAUAAUCCAACGGCCAUCCCAACUAGUGCACCCAGUCACCCUAAACCCCCAGUCCAUCCCAGCUCAUCCCCGAAGCCAGGUAGACCAAGUAAUGCCAUGUAUCAAACUAUCGCUCCUAAAAAACAACCCUUUGAUGUUAACACUAUGAAUGCCAUGAAUGCGAUGGCAAACCGUGAGCUGUCAGGAGGUAAAGUGCGUCAACUGGGUGGCAUGUCACCUUCAAAAGCUGAGGCUGUCAAGUCCAAUGGUGUGAAUGGUAAUGAUCCUGAACAAGCUCAUAAUGAUUAUGCUCUGUCAGCGUUGGACUGGAAGGAUGGCGUUGCUGAUUUGCCAGGUUAGCUCAUGGGCAGGGAACAUGAUUGACAGACAGACUAGCCCCAAACACAUUGUGGGCUCCAUUUGUCUGGGGGCCCCGGACUGUCUAUUGGAAAAUGUUUUUAUUUUUAUGGUCUGUGAAAUGCUAUUCCAGGCAUGUUUCAUGAUAAUCUGAACGUCACAGAUUUGGUAUAUUUUAUGUCAUAGAUGAAAAUAUUAAGAGGUUAUGAACAGCCCCCCCCCCCCCAAUUUCUCCUCAUUGGUCCUGAUGAAAAGUGGGGGGAGGGAGGGGUAUGGACCCCCCAUUGUCCCAGUGGCUAUGCCUCUGUAUUGAUUGAAUGACUGGCCAUGCAACAAAUUUGCUUGCCAAUGGAAUGACUGACCUGGUAACUUCCUAACCAGCUUCGAAUCCUGAUUCAAUAUCAGGACUGAGAGAGUAUAGUUGUAUUUUUUGCAGGUUGUGAGCUCCUAGUUAGGUCUUAAUAUUAUAAAAUUUACACUUGCCAUCUACAUCAACUCCCUGACUGAGGUUUUAACUUUUACAUUGUAGGGAGUAAAUUGAAAUUCAAGAUGACAGAAUUUGGUUUGGAAAUUAUCAGCACAGUCGAGACAGAGGACGGCCAGCCAAUUGAGUUCAGUACCUCAACCUCAGACAAAAAUCUGAAGAAAGAAGCGUCCAGUCAGGUGGGUGAUGAAAAUCACCUUGACGAUGAAGGUACUUAUUGUGUUGUAAUUAUGACUGAAGGUUGCACAACUAUCUGAUUCAUUGGCAUGUCAGAGGGCCUAUAGAGGGCCUAUGUACAGCUUGAAAUUUCCACCAAAACCCUUCUACUCUUUAUAGUUCUAUCAAGCAAGAUGCCCUAAAUCUUGAUAUUAAUCCAUGCCCCUCCCAUGCAUAUAUUCCCAACAGUUUCUCUUUAAAGACCCACAUUCCCCUAUGGCCUCAGAACUGUAGUUGAACUCUAGACUUGAUGUGAGAAAGGGGUGUGGCACUCUUCAUGCAGAGUGACUAUGCCCUUUUACAGUUUUGUCUUAAAGAAUGACAAAGAUUGCUUACAGCAAACUUGGCAUGAUAAUCUCUCUACAAUCUCAGUCUGCAUUAUAACCCCUUCCUGCCCAUUAGCAAAUAGCAAUACUUAUUAUUUUUAUGAAACAUUUGCAAUACAGUACACAGCUCUCUUUACAAUGAGGGGCUAAACCAAGAUUAAAGUCCAGUGUGGGUUCACCAGAGUAAGAUUUAGGUCACUCUGGUUAAGUUACCAAGGACUCAGUUGGAGCCACUAACUGAUGGAGCCUGCAGGGCCAAAUGACCCCCCAGUAUAUAUGUUAAAAUAUACCUUGCUCUAAUGUCUUUUUAUGAAUGCAGUAGUGUCCAAAACAAAGUAAACAAUUCCUUGUGUGUUUCUAGAGUCUUCAUCGAAGAAGCUGUUGGAAGGUCCUCCUGACGCGGACGAGUUUUGCUGUUGUGAAAUCUGUGGCAAGUAUGGUCUGCGUUCAGAAUUUGGUGCCUCGGGUCGCUUCUGUGGCUUGACGUGUGUUGGCGUGUACACGGGACGAAGGAACAAAGGUCGUGAAGUCUCUCGAACUGUGAAAGCUCUUGAUGGGAAAGUUAUCAAACGAAAGAAAAGAAAGAGCAGAAAACUAACCAUUGUUAAACAAUCAUCUAUGAACGGGGUACGUAAUGUUUUGGUAACAUUUAUUCUGAGAUGGUUUCAACAAUUUCUACCUUUCUGCAUUAAUUGCGUGUGAUAGCGCAUAUUACUGUAACGGGUAUUGUGUUCAUAAUGUGCACUUGAUAGAUGUGUUUGAUGCGCGUUUGGUACAGUACUGCUCAGGAAUAGCCAAACAGAAAAUGCUCGUUGGAACUGGAAUGUUUCAUUGGAACUGGAAAGCCAGCCUGCGCUCCCGUAACGCAAUUAGAACGCGGACGCGGUGUUUGAAAAACAUAAAAAUUCAACAUAAUUUUUUUCAGAAGAUGAAAGUUGGUCAAAACGGUACCCCAGAAACUCCUGGAACAAAACCCAAGGGAAAGCUGGAAUAUUUCAACGCUACCAUGGGUACGUAGCUAGCUACACUUACAAGUAAAAUCCUCAGAUGUUGGAUACUUUAACUUAAUCGUCAAACUAUCACGUUAUACAGAUUCCGCUAAUCCGCCAAAGCCUUUCAAUUGGAACGAAUAUUUAGAGAAAACUGGGGCACAUGCCGCGGAUAUUAGUUGCUUUGUACAGGUAUGUUUAAAUCAGUGGCAUAACCAUGACCCCAGAUCAGAAAUGUACAAACUUUACAUAACCAGGUUUCAACAUGCUCGUAACUGCCGUAAAGAUAGAAUCACGAUCUUUCUCAACGGCCAGAAUAUAAUAGUUUUUAACCAAAUAUAAAUCAUAAGUAUUCUCUAUUUAUAAUCACUCUGCCUAUUUUCAGUUCUAAACUGUUGUAUCUCAGCUGUUGAGAAAGAUCGUGACUCAAUCUUUACGACCGUUACGACCAUAUGGAAACCAAGUUUAUACAAGUGUUCAUAAAUGGUGUUGAAUAAAUUAGUGAUUGCAGUAGUAUUGAGUACAGAAAGCUUUGGGUUAAUAGCGAUGCACCUGCCUGAAAAAUACAAGGAGAACUUCGACGCUUCGAGUGAAGGAAAUACCCGACGAAGCGCCCUCGCUCGAGACGUCGAAGUUCUCCUUGUAUUUUUCACAGGGUUCGUAGCGGUCUUUGAAAUCCUUGAAAGUCUUUAAAUUGGAAUGCAGGUCUUUGAGAUCUUUGAAAAGUCUUUAAAUUGUGUGAAAAAGCGAAGAAAGUCUUUAAUAAUCUUUAAAUUCUUUAGUGAGUAUUUGAUUAUACGAUUUCCUAGCUAAUAAAAUAGAUUGAUUGAAGCAAGAUUUUCGCAAAUAUCGACCAAAAUGAGCAUUUUAGGAUGUGAUUUGAUGGCCGGACCAAUUACCGGGUAAAAAUGGUGCUUACACUCGCAAUUUUUCGACACCUGAUUGCUCUCAAAGGUCUUUGAAAGAAAUCAAAGUGUUUGGAAUUUUUUUGGUCUUGGAGACUACGAACCCUGCUUGCAUCCCUAUUAAUCCGAAGCUUUCUUAUUAUUGCCUACCUAUCCUUCCACAAACCUUUCAGUAUUGAGUACACCUUAUCUAUUCGCGUUAGGAGAAUGUAGGCAAAGAGUUGUUUAUUGGUCCUGCAAGUGAAUUUCAAAAAGACAUGAAAUUAGAAGCAGUCGAUCCGAAGCAUCCCUCGUAUUUCUGUGUCGUCACUGUGGCGGAGGUGAAAGGUGCACGUCUCAGACUCCAUUUUGAUGGCUGGUCAGAAAGUUAUGAUUUUUGGGCAAAUGCUGAUUCAGAAUUUAUCUUUCCCGUGAAUUGGUGUUCGAAGCAUGGGCAGAUCUUACAUCCACCUCGAAGUAAGUUGAAGGAGAAGUGAAAAAUAUGGUGCAUGCGCAGACGUCCUUUCUAAAAUUCAAAGCCAUUUGUCACUCUGUGUUUUAGGUAUGACAGCCGGCAAUUUUUCUUGGGAGAAAUAUCUCAAAGACACGAAUUCAGUCGCUGCUCCAGAACAUCUUUUCAAAGAGGUAAACUUGACUUAUGUGUGGAUUUUACUAAGCAGUAUCGUGCAGCAGAUGAUGCUGAACCUGGAGUUGUCAGAGUGAAGAAAUAAUGUUAAUUCUUGUCAUUAUACAAAAUAUUUCUAUUCAACUUUCCAGCCUUUUCCAACUCGACAUGGAUUUAAAGAAAACAUGAAACUUGAAGCAAUUGACCGCAAGAAUCCAGACCUGAUCUGUGUUGCCACUGUAACCAACGUGCUUGGCAAUCGUUUCUUGGUUCAUUUUGAUGAGUGGGAUGAUACCUACGACUAUUGGUGUUAUGAUGAUUGCCCCUACAUACACCAAGUUGGUUGGUGCCAUUCACAGGGACGACGACUCACACCGCCAAAUGGUUAGUCUUGUUUAUAAAUGAAGGAUUUUUGAGCAUGUCACCGCAAUUAAUUCUAUCGAUAAACCCAGACGUCAUUUCCCACGUUCAUUCUUCGCUCGGAAAGUAACGUCUGCGAACCCGAGCAGGAAUUCGAUUUCCAAGCGAUCAGCAUUUAACUAGCCAAUCAGCAUUUGGCUCUUUCGGUAGAGCGUUGACUAACUCUUUUCACAUAAGCAUCAUGAGUCCGUAGCGAGAAUCAAACCCACCAUAUCAGAGAUAAAGGCGCUUGCUCAGUAUAUCUACAGUAUAUACAAAGAGAGUACUUCCUAUAUUGAUUUAGGCCCACCUGAUAUUAAAUUUGGCGACUAGAUCUUAUUCACUGAUAGCCACUUGGGCGACUUAAAAAUUUUUAAAAUUUCAACCCCUGAUCUGUAUUUUUCUGUAUUCUAGAUUAUACAUUAAUAGAAAGUUGCUUGAUAUAUAAAGGUAAAUGCAAAUUUAAAUAACGCUUUGUAUUGCGUUUUCGAACGAAUCUUAACAAAGUUUUCAAAGGAAAUACUGUAGAUUGAAAACUAUCGUAACAAGAUGAAAGCAAAGUUGAAUUGAAAUUUGAAUUGAAUUGAAAUUUUUUUGAAAAAUACUGAAUGUAAAAAGUGCCAAACACAACUGGUUUACGUGAAAUAUUAAUCGAUUGAUCAGACACCGAUGUCAAUUUCAGACCUGAAGUUAUAAACAAAAUGCAUUUACUUCUGACGGAUCAUGUUUUUUGGAAAGCGUUAAUUUGAAUUUAUCUUUUACUGCCGUAUAUUAAGUGCAACAAGAUGCUCGCUAUGACAUACGUUUUAAUUGGCUAACAUAAAACCAUAGACAUACGUCAUGGAAAUCGAAUUCCCGCUUGGGUUCCCAGACAUUACUUUCCGAGCGAAGAACGAGCGUGGGAAAUGAUGUUCGCAGAAUAUUCUAUUGAUUGAGAUGCACAAAAGGCCUGGUAUUUACACGUACAUCUUAUAUUGGCAUCAUCUUAGUAUUUAUACAUGAGCUUCUAUUAAUAAUAUUUUCUAUUCACAGAUGAUGAAGUUGACACGUUUGUUUGGUCACAAUAUCUUCGAGCCACCGGCUGCAAGGCAGCAUCGCCCGAUAUCUUUAGAAAUGUAAGUAUAAUCUUGAAUCGUGUUAACCCUGAGAUGUUUGAUGCUGUUUGGCUAACUUUUCCACUAACUGUCGUUAACUUUAACUACUUUUCUACACAACCAACCCCAGCUCUGUUAGUUCUAAACUCUUCUUCCCAUAGAUCCAGUAACAGCCUCUUCUUCUGAUAUUGGCCCAGUGUUUUAGUACAGAAGUAAAAUGGAAGAAAGCCUUCGAUGUUCGCUCAGCGUCAGGCUAUAGAAUCAUUCUCAUGAGAUUUUUUCCCGGACAUUAGAUUUUUCUCAAAUAUUUUAGUAUCGGCCCUGAUACUAAACUUGUACCACUAUUAACCUAAAUUUUAUAUUGAAUACUAAUUCUUCUUCGAUUUCAAACACGAUCGUUACCUGAAUUUUCAAUCAAACUUAUAUGACAUUUACCUGAAAUAUAUUAUCCACAAUUAUUUUUUUUUUUUUUGGGGGGGCGUUAUAACACCCCACACCCCUGGUCACUACGACCCUGUCCCUGUUUAACUGAACUACCUGUUUCCAGCGUCAGCCAACGUCGUUCAGAGUGGGCCACAAGCUGGAAGUCGUCGACAAGCGUAAUCCAUCUUUGAUCCGGGUGGGAACAAUAUCCGCCAUUGAUGGUUUCAAAGUCAAGAUUAGUUUUGAUGGUUGGGAUGAAAUUUACGACGACUGGUUUGAUUCUGAUUCAAGUGACCUCCACCCGCGAGGAUGGUGUGAGAAGAGUGGGUAUCCUUUGGAAGCGCCGAUAAGUAAGUCCGAAUCGAAUUACUCGACCCUUCGUCAAAUGAGAAUGAGAGUUGACCAUCGACUCUUAUCCACUGAUUCAAAUUUUAAUGAGAGUCGAUGAGAGUUUUCGCUACGUGCGCGGUAAUAUCCAGUCAACUCUCAUGCAACUCUUGUUCUCGUUUGACCGGGGCAUGCGAGUUGAGAAAACUGUCAUGAAGACUCUCGCUUCUCAACUCUCAUCAACUCUCAUGCAACUCUUGUUCUCGUUUGACCAGGGUAUGAGAGUUGAGAAAACUUUCAUGCAAACUUUCGCUUCUCAACUCUCAUGCAACUCUUGUUCUCUUUUGACUAGGGUAUGAGAGUUGAGAAAACUCUCAUGCAAACUCUAGCUUCUCAACUAUCUUCAACUCUCAUCCUUGUUUGACCAGGGCUUUAGAAAAACUGAUUUGUGGCCUCGUUCACAUGCGAUCAUUACUGUCGAUGCAAUGAAAGUGUUGAUAAAAUAUUGCAUGAAUUCCUUUUCUCAAGUUGAUCAAUUCAUACGAAUUCAAAUUUCUUUUUACUUCCUGUGUGUUUCCAUUGGUCAAUCGGUUCUGAAACGAAAUCUAAUUGGCUCAUCUAAAAGUAACAGGAAGUUGAUCAAUUUUCUAUCAAAUGAAUUGAUCAACUUGAGGAAAGGAAUUGGUGCAAUAUUUGAUCAACACUUCCAUUGCAUCGACAGUAAGCAAUCUUGUGUCGAGAGCUUUGAGCUGGGGCAAUUUUGAGUUGAGAACCGGAUGACAAUGCCCCCUCUUGGCGGUGCUGCCUAAAUCCUACUUCGCAUGUUUUUCAGCUCAUGCAGAUAAGUUGAACACAGUCUCGUGUCCCACACCUGGCUGUCGAGGUAUUGGCCAUGUAAAAGGCGCGAAGUACACGACACAUCACAGUCAGUUUGGAUGUCCAUAUUCUCUGCAAAACUUGAGCAAAGAGUCUUGCCUCGUUGAUCGCCUGGCCGCUAAUUCUAUGGCCGAAGAUUCUGAUUGGUCGUACGAGCGGCGAAAGAAUUCGUUUGGAAAGCAGAGUAAAGGUAAAUUAGUUAAGAUAGAUAAGAGAUUAGAUAAGAGUAAGGUGUCAUGAUAUACAGGAAUCCGGCAAAUCGUGUGAUUUCCCCGCACCAUUCCAAGGUAAAUGCGACGAUUUUCGGAAUUCCUGAUGCAUGUAUUUUAAACGUGGGUUGUGUACGUAGUAUUUUGUAAUUGUCAUUAAUAAGCAAAUGACAAUGAAAGAGCUUAUCUAAUCUGUCCUUACAAUUACAGCUCAUCAGAACAGCAACUCAACAUCAGAGAGCAAACCUCCAUCACCAGGUUUGGGAGUAUGCCCGACUCCAGGAUGCAAUGGCAAUGGUCACGUGACAGGAAGAUUCAGUACACACCAUAGGUACAGUAGAAUAUCUUGUUGCAAAGUAUAGACUGUACAGAGGUCCGACUCGGCAAGAAACCCCAGUGAUCCCCCCGCCUAUACAGCCAGUCCUGCCCCCCCCCCCAACGUCCAAGCCCCCAAUUCUAAUCACACUGACUAGGAACAUGGCGGCCGAUCACGCUGAGGUCAUAGGAGUCAAACCUCUGUAUAAUCUACACUCUGUGGUGUUGUUUGUUUGCAACAAGUGUCUCACAUGCAAAUUCUUAAAGUGAAAAAAAUUCUUCAAGCGACAAUACCACGAAAAUGAUAUACCAAUAAUUUUAUCUCGAAUUUUAUCAUUUCUCAGUGCCUCUGGGUGUCCUCUGAACGAAGUGAACCGCGAGAAAAUGUACAAACCCAUUCUUCCAAAGUCGCACCCAAGUUAUCAAAAAUCAUUCAUGAAAGGUCACAAGUCCGCACGACCAAGUAUCAUCUCCACACGAAGUACCAAUAAACCUGAGUGAGUGAUUAGUUUGUAAGCUUUUGUUAUACUUGAUACAGUACAAAGAGUUGGGUCGAAUUUCAAUCAAUUUUGUUUCUUCUUUUGGUAGAAUUCCUUCAUAUAAAACAAGAAGCAAGCACGAUCAAGGAAUUCAAGUCGAAAGUAAGACAACUUUCUUUUCCCCAUGGUGACACAGUGGUUACUGCGUUUUUCAAUUCCUGCAGUUGUCUCAUUAUCAUUUCACUCGCAUGUGUUUUCAGUUUCCACUGGUGUUUUCAGAGAUACACCGUUUCCUCCUGCACCAAUGAAUGAACUUUACUACACCUUUAGGAGGACGGUUUUACCAGCUAUCCAAUUUAAAUAAAGUUAAUUUCAUCAUUUAGCAUUAACAUUUAACAUGAUAUAUUUUAGAUGCAUCAAGAACGAGGCCCAUGAGCAAUGGUCAAGGAAGUGGUCAGCCGUCUUCAAAGAAUUUGCUAUCAUUUAGUUUGUAUAAUAAUGUUUACAAUAGCGGUAUAAGUCCACAUAUCAAUCACGGCUCACGCUCGAGUGAGAGAAAGAUCGUACUAGGCUGGACCUGCGAACAGGUGGCGGAACAUAUCAGAUCUAUUGGCUGCGUGAAUCAGGCGCAAGUUUUCAUCGAUCAGGUAAGGACUAGGCUAAUUACAACGUAGUAUUCCAUCUAAUUUGCAACAUUAGAUUCCUUCCAAUUGCAACAAUAGAUUCCUUCUAAUUGCAACAUUAGAUUCCUUCUAAUUGCAACAUUGAAUUUCUUCUAAUUGCGACAUUGGAUUCCUUCUAAUUACAAUUAUAUUCUUCUUUGUAGCAAAUUGAUGGCGAGGCAUUCCUGUUACUUCAACAAGCAGACAUCGUGAAUAUUUUGAAAAUCAAACUUGGCCCUGCAGUGAAGAUCUACAGCAGUAUCUUGAAGUUUUUAUAAAUAAAGACAGCGUCAUACAUGCACAGAUCCAAACAUGAUUGCGGAAUAACGAAGCAUUGGAUAAUUGCGCUUAGUUUCGUAUAGAACUGAAGAAAUUUCCUCGGUAAGUUGCCCGCUAGAAACCGAGUUUUGUACUUCCGUGAAAUAGAUAACACACUAAAGCCAACUCAAGCAUACAACUCUAUCUCACCUAUACGUAUUUUCCAUAUUUCACCAUCAACAGUAAAAAAAACAUCAACUAGUAGGUUUUUAUUCCAAAUGGUUCGAAACCAGUCUUUUUGCGUUUUGUUGUUUAACAUUUGAGAUAUGUGUGCAACAAAACUUUGUACGUUUACGCAAAUAGCCUUUUUGAUGACAAAUUUUUCGUUUCGAAAGCGUUUUAUUUUUGGGUGCCAAAUUGUGUGUGCAACAUUUUCGAAGAAAGCAUUUUUCUGCAUUUGUCACAAUUAUCUGUGACGUCAUCAUUGUGUAUAAUAUAAUUUAAUAACCUCUCAGCAUUGUGUAUAGAUAAGGGUUUGUAAUUGUAUACGUGAAGUAAUAAUUUUAGGGUGAAUUUUGUGUAGAGUAGUUAGUAAUUGAUAUUCAAUGAUACAUUCCAAUAAUAAUUAACAAUUGAUCAUUUUAUUCAAAUUGCAAUGUUUUUGCCCAGUUUGGACAGCGCUCUUGCAUCAAAUUAAUCUUGUUAAUCGAAGCUAUUUUACUUUAUAUGUGAAAAACUAGGUACGCAAGCGUACGUGUGACGUCAUAGACUUUGAUAAUUGUUCAAGUAUCCUGCUUGAUCCAAGAGUAACGUUCAACCUGGGUUUUGCGUAUUCGUAAUCAAUGUAUAGUAACAAUCCUACAAUGUAGUUCAUAUUUUAAUAAAAAUUGCUUUGAUAAAAUGUUUUGUACAGAAACUGACUAUAUUACACCUUGGUCUACCCCCAUUCUUAUAACAAUUCUAAAACUUUAAUCCCCAAAACAUCGUGCAAGUCCAAGACUAAAUUCACAAACAACAACAGUGUAAAUUAAAAUGUCAGCUGCGUGCGAACAAUCUGAUUACAGAAUCGCCGUGAGCGAUAGGAAAUUUUUGACCCAGAAAGAAAUAACCUUUAAAGACUGGUUUACAUUAUCAAAGUUUCUGUGAUCACAGUAGGCAUUUUGCAUGGGUAAAUUCUAAGUUUUGAAGGAUUUGAAAGAAAUGUUUGAGAGAACUGACUCAGUCAAUCCUUGAAAACCUCUAAGGCUAAAUUCCUACUGUGAUCACAGAAACUUUGAUAGUGUAAAACCAGCCUUAAUAUUGUAUAUAAGUUUAAUCUAUAUCAAUUUGAUAAAUUCUUUGCUAAGAAGCCAUGCAACGCUAUUUGAGACCAUUGAGUCCUUCCUAGCAAGAGUAAUGGCACUAUUGUGGACAUGCAGUUCUACUGGAUACAUUGCUUUAUCUUGAAUUAGCAAAACGAUGUUGUUCUAGUGAAGUGAUACUAUAUCUAGUAAGACCAGGAAUUUGAAAUAACAUCCACUCUCUCCUUGACUUUCUUCUCGUAGUCAGACUUGCUGAAAUAUUUCGACAGCAGAGGAUCCGAAGUCAGAUAGAGCUUGUCUGAUGUUCUAAGAAUUGUCAAUAGACAACGCAUAUACGAAUCUGGCGCAGCAAAAUUCAACAAAAUCUCCGAAAUCUCGUGUUUCAGUGAGUUUUCCGGUUCUGAAAUAGAAGAAGUAAUUGAUUAUACAACUGAUAUCCAGUAGUAAUUGAUUACAGAACUAACAGAGCUAAUCCAUAGUUAAAGUUUAGUGUGUAUACAUACCAAACUUUAAAGUUGGAUACUUCUUUGUGAAGCCUAACAUUUUCUGCUCCUUAUCCAGGAUGUCAAUGUCAACAAGACUAUCAAGUGUUAGCGUUGCACAGUUCUUAUCAACAUUGUCUCUUUUCACUGCUUCCAGUAUAUAUUCCGAUACUUCCUUCUGUUUUGUGGGAUGUUUACUUUGAAAUUUGACCAUCUCUUCAAAUACUAUACCAUCCAAAUAUGUCCCUGUUCGUUCAGUAUCGACAACCUGUAUCAAAUAUGGAACUUUUGAGCUCAUAUGAUAUAAUAUCCUAUACUAUCCACAUAUGUCCCUGUUCAUUCACUAUAUGAUAACAUACUAUCCAAAUAUGUCCCUGUUUGUUCAUUAUCAACCUGUUAGGUCUCUGGUUGUAGCAGUUUUCUAAGGGUAUUGAAUGACCUGGCUAUAUUUCUCAACACAGUCCUAGUGGUAUAUUUGCUCUGGUGUGACUUUAUCUGGGGCAGGGUAUGUGUGUAAACUGGAGACAGUGUAAAGACACCCACCCCCCCUGCAACUUCUGGUUGUCAACAAAGUGCCAGUCCUGCCAUCCUUGCAAAAACCUCUCACCUGGAUAGCAAGGCUAUUCUUGUGUUCACUGACCAAUGAAAUUUUACCCAAAGCCAUCAGGUCAACCAACACAGCAAAGAAGCAUCCGCCAAGUUUCCGAGAGGAGCCCUGUCUUCCUUCCACAUCGCCAGUUUCUUGAUUUUGCCAGAGGAGACAGUAUGCUUGUGAUAGCUAGAGAAAUGGCA